AUGGCUCCUCUGACUCUUUCCAACCGCCCCCUCGACAAGAAGCCCGUCAGCGAGCUUCGCGCCAUCGCUGACUAUAUCGGUAUCGAGCACGCCAACCUCAUCAAAGACCCACUGAAACGCGCCCUUCGUCGCGAACUCAAGAACCGCGCGGAGCUUGCCAACGACCCCAUCCUUCUCCCUCUAUUCGCGCACCGGGCGCAGCCAGGACAAGGUGUCAAGACCAGCGCCGAUAAGGAUGUGGACGUGGCUGCUGAGGCCACCCAGGAUGUUGUCCCACCAACCGGUGCAAAUAAGACCCUCCUGAGCAUGGGACAGAAGACGGACCCCCCGCCGCAGUUCACCGCACUGGAUUCGAUGCCUAAGGCUACCACGCCAGGAGCCAAAAAAGUAACCUUCAAGAAAGAUGAUCACAGCAAUGAGUCCUCGGAUUCGAGUGACGCUGGCGAUGAGGAGGAUGUUGUGUCGAGUCCUGUGCACCAUGCUUCUAAAGUUGCUGUAGCGGAGCAUCACGAGAAGACUUCUGGUGUUAUACGUGUCAAUCUUCGCAACUUUGACAACCGCUCGAAAAUUACCCACCAGGUCUACGUCGACGACCAUCCCAUUGACGUUGCCACCAAUGCGAGUGGUGAGAAGCGCUUUGUGGCGGAACUUUCGGCGCUACUUCCCGAAGCAUUGAGGAACGACUCACCGAUCAAGGGUUUGCCUGGGCGCCUCUACCGUCCGAACAUAAACGUGAAUGAUCCGUGCCCUCUCCACAUCGGUCAAUUCAAGGCACUGAACUCGGAGGAGCCCUUCAAGUUGCCAUCGCUUGUGGAUCACUAUGCUCUUACAAGCGAGGGCGACAAUCUUUUUGCUUGUGACUUGCUGUGGAAGGCUACUGACGUGUCUUCGGGCACACAAACUACCGCUAAACAGCAGCAGGAUUCUUCGAAUUCGCUCCUGUUGUCUGGCAAGGACGCAGAUAUUCCUGUCGCCGUUGUCAACUCACAGCCUGACACCAACCCCAUGCACGCCAACGCACCUGCCGCUCUCCGUCAACUCUUCCGAGAAUUCAUUCAUGGGAAAGUCAAGGCUGUGGUCUCUGAGCUGCCUGAGCUCAACCGCAAUUGGCCGCGGUGCAAGCUCGCCUUACAGAUGCUGCAACGGCACUCUCUUCAGAACCAGGCAUUCGCUUUUUUCGACAACUGGAGCCACACCGGUGGAGGAUAUCAUGUCCCUCGUGACCUUGGAGCAUUUCCCGGUGUUUACUUCAAGAAGGACUUCCUCUAUGAUGUGCUCAACAUCAAGAGCUCCAGCACCACUGAAAUCGAUGGGUACUUUGCCCCGCUUGUUGUCGCUGAUGCUCCAAAAAAGGUCCGUGAGUGGAUCGAGAGCGGCGGCACUGUUCACGCUGAGCGCUUCAGCAACAUGAAAGCUGCCCGCUUCAAGGAGUACGUCUUGGGCUCGGCUCCGGCUCCCAAGCCCUCUAAGAAGCCCCGCCAGCGCAAGCAUCACCACCGCUCCUCGUCUCCGAUUGUGUCAUCGUCUCGCAAGCAUCGCCGUUCCUCGUCGCUGGAGGACUCUGAGAGUGAGAUGGAGGAGCGUCGGAGCAAGAAGGCAAAGCGUAUGACCUCAGAGGAGCUUGAUUAG